ACACUCCUUUAGCAAACAUGAUCUUCUUGAUGAAGAUCGCUUUCUUGGGUGCCCUUUUGGGUUGCUUCAGCUUCGCCUCCGCUGGCUUCGACAUGAACUCGAAGAAGAACAUGGUCCUCUACUGGGGCCAGAACUCUUAUGGCCAGGGCUCCGGAGACCUCGCCCAGCAGCGUCUAUCCUACUACUGUCAAAAUACCAAUGUCGACACGAUCGUUAUGUCGUUCCUGGUCCAAUUCAACGGUAAUGGUGGCCAGCCCGUGCUGAACUUCGCCAACCAGGGUGACAAAUGCACCCUGUUUGACGGCACCUCUUUGUUUAGCUGCCCGGAGAUCGAGGCCGACAUCACAGCUUGCCAGAAUACCUACGGCAAGACUAUCCUCCUCUCCGUUGGAGGAGCUACCUAUACCGAGGGCGGCUUCAGCUCUUCAGACGCCGCUGUCUCAAUGGCCAACAAGGUUUGGGCAAUGUUCGGCCCGCAGCAGUCUGGCUCCAGCAUCCUCAGACCCUUUGGCUCCGCUGUCAUUGACGGCUUCGACUUCGAUUUCGAAUCCCAGGUUAGUAAUAUGCCUGCUUUCGGUAACCAACUACGCUCCAACAUGGACUCGACCGGCGGGAAGAAGUACUUCCUGACAGCUGCACCGCAAUGCCCCUACCCAGAUGCUGCAGAUGACCCCAUGCUUGACGGAUCUGUCUCGUUUGAUGCAGUCUUCAUUCAGUUCUAUAACAACUAUUGCGGAGUCAGUUCCUAUGUCGCCGGCACCGCCGAUCAAAAUAACUACAACUUCAACACUUGGGAUUCUUGGGCCAAGAACACGUCCAAAAACAAGGCCGUGAAAGUUCUCGUCGGCGUCCCUGGCAACACCGGCGCCGGCGCAGGCUAUAUCGCGCCCGACAAUCUCUCUGCGGUUCUCACUUACUCGUCCCAGUACAGCAGCUUCGGCGGAGUCAUGAUCUGGGACGCGAGUCAGGUUUACGCCAACAGCGGGUUCAUCAGCAGUGUCGGUGGCUCGCUGAGUACGCUAUCGAAGCGGCAGAUGCGGAGGGGCUGGCGCAACGAGAAGGCGGAGUAGACACUUACUGCUAUGGCCCGGUCGAUGAGUUGAUGUUUUCGAUUCUUAUCUAUAUCUCGGUCUGUCCUUUUUUCCCUUUUUCCAAGAGUAGUUGAUACUGCUCUUUUCAUAUGUGUAAGGAUGGAAUUCUAGACAUGAGGCUCUGCUUGAUGAGUUGACGGUUUCUUGUAUCUUGGACACGAAGAUGCUUCAAUGUACAUACAUUUGCCGUAAACUCAUGAAUCGAACAUGGUGGCUUCAU